CAACAUCGACAAAAUGAAUCGGAACUUAAGAAACGCCAUCAUCGCAUUCCUUGCUCCACUCCCUUCCAUCGUCUUCUACCUCUCCUUCCUCCGUAGCUACUCUUCAACCCUCGAUCCCGAGCUCUCCUACAUUCAUUCAUGGUGUUCGAAUCACCCGCUUCUUCUCGCAAACCUCCUCUUCUUCUUCAACGUCAAUUUCCUCUUCUGGGUCAUCGGUUUACUCCAAUCCAGCCACUGGAUGAUCGAUGUGUAUUGGACUGUGAUACCUGUAAUGCUGGUUCACUACUUCGCGUCGCAUCCGUUGGGAGAGUACAACAAGUGGAGAUCCAUGGUUGUCGUGAUCCUGACAUGGGUUUGGAGUGUUCGGUUGACUCAUAACUACUUCCGGCGGGAAAAUUGGGAGUGGGGCGCUAGAGAAGACUGGAGGUUCAACGACUUGCGGAAACAGUACGGGAAACACUGGUGGUGGCUCUCUUUCUUCUCCGUCUACGUUUCUCAGCAGAUCUUCCUUAUUGGGAUAUGUCUACCUUUAUACAUCAUCCACUCCGUUGAUGCCCCUUUGAAUAUUUGGGACUUUGUUUCCUCGGCCAUCUGUUUGACUGGCAUUGUCAUGGCCUACUUCGCCGACACGCAGCUCCACGAGUUUGUAACCCAAAACCAGAAGCUGAAGGAGCAGGGGAAGCCCAAAAUCCCCAAUCUCGACACGGGUUUGUGGUAUUACUCGAGGCAUCCUAAUUACUUGGGUGAACAGUUGUGGUGGUGGGGACUGGUCGUGUUUGCUUGGAACCUUGGUCAAGGAUGGACUUUGAUAGGUGCGUUGGUCAAUACUCUGUGUUUGGUCUAUGUAACAAUCCUUGUUGAGCGUCGGAUGGUGAAACAAGAAUACAGAGCUGAAGCUUAUAGAGCGUAUCAGAAGACAACUUCUGUGUGGAUUCCAUGGUUCAAGUCUAAGGUUGCUGCUGCUGCUGCCAGUAAAGAUAAGAGCACUUGAAUAUUAUUGGCAUGAUUAGUUUGUUUCAGUGUCGUCUCUACCAAUCCUUCAACUGUGUAUUAUUGGCAUUGUUUUUUUUUUAUCUUUGUUGUGUCUUUGUGUUGCUUCGUUUUGUCUAUGAAAAUUUGUAUUAAAAUGGGUUUGGAGAGGGGUCUAAAUAGUGUUAUUUAUAUAUGGAGUUUAUUUAAUUUA